AUGUCAAUUGCUACAUCAAAUCGAUGUCUAAACGAACUCGCACAAAUUCAGGAUGGAGGUAAACUUGCUUCAUCGUCAAGAGGAGCAUUAAUCAAUGAUAUAUACGACGAUGGCUAUGAUGAUGCUGAAUUAGAAUCCUUCGGUCAAGAAUUACAUCGACUUGAACCGUUAAAAAGAAAACCAGAAAAACAAUCAUCGGUGUCGUCAUCUACACCUACACCUUCACCUCCACCAAUUAGACAACCCGAUACUUCAACUACGCCAUCGAUUAAAAAUGUUAAAGUUAACAAAACAGUUCCAGUAAAAGAUGCUUUGUAUUGGUGGAGAAAUGAUCCACUUAUUAAUGUCCAUCAUGAACAUUGGCAUGUAGUUUUUGUUAAUAGUCCAGUUAACGGUACAUAUAAAGAUAGAGAAGGAGAAAAUUUUAUUUAUAUGCACAGAUUCAUGUUAGCAAGAUAUGAUGCUGAACGUUAUGCACUUGGAGUGGCAAAGGUCGCAGCUUUACCAAAUUAUCGAGAACCUAUACCUGAUGCUUUUUAUCCACCCUCCCAUUUAUAUGAAAUCGUUAAUAAUAAAGUUGUUCACUUUCCAUCUCGUCCACCUGGUCAAGUUUUUCAUGAUACAGAGGAUAAUCGUAAAGACGAUACAUCAUAUACACUUAAAGAAUUGGAAAAUGCUUUGAUAACAUUGGAAAAAUGGAUUGAUGGCGAAGAGACUUAUCUUAACCCAUCUAACUUAUUAAAUGACCCUAAUGGAAAUACUGAUUUAGGUGCUAUCAUUGAAGACAUAUUACAUAAUGUUGGGCACGCAAUGCUUGGUCGCGUUAUGGCUCCCAAUGAUACUAAUGCUCCACCAGGUGUUUUGGUUGGUGCUCGUGCAGGGUGUCGUGAUCCAUUAUUUUGGAGAUGGCAUCGUCACAUUGAUGAUAUUUAUGUUAGAUGGCAAACUAGAUUAGGCUUGAACAUGUUCAGUAAUGAUAUCCCACCAAUAAAAAUUAGAAAUAAUGACAUUUUCCUUGCAUUUAAAGACGAGCUAUUUAAUCUUGAUAAAGAUGGUGAUCAUAAUGGAUGGGUUAAAUAUGCCAAGAAAACAAUCGGUGGUAAUAAUUUUGAUAAAACAUUGGUAAAUGUUACCGGAUUCACCAACGAAUUACAAACUACUAUGAAACAAAGAGUUCAUGUUUGGCUUGAAGAUACCAAUGAUAAAGAAAUCAUUGAGUUUAUGUACCCGAGAGAAUUCCUUACUUUCUUCCGUAUUGAAAAUCUAUCAUCUAAAUCAUUGCCAGUAACGUUUAGAGUUUUUAUCGUUCCAGAGGUAUUUAUGGAUUCGUAUGUUCACUGGAUAGAACUUGACAAAUUCAAAAGAAUAUUGAAACCAUAUGAGAAAACCAUAAUAUCACAAGAUUGCGACCAGUCAAUUGGUAUACGUAAACCAGCACAAAAAACUAUUAGACAAAUGGAAAAAUCCACCCAGAUGACACCUGAUUACGUGAAUUCACUAGACAAAUUAACAUUAGAUAAACAAUCUGAAGCGAUAUUUUGUGGUUGUGGUUGGCCAUACCAUAUGGUGAUUCCAAGAGGAACGAAAGCAGGUCUUCGAUUUAAAAUGAUGGUUUAUGUAUCAGAUGGUAAAGAUGAUAUGGUUCCUGUUGCUCCAACAUGUGGAAGUCAAUUAUUAUGUGGUGGUAGAAAAUGGAGAGAUAAAUAUCCUGAUAAACAUCCAAUGGGUUAUCCAUUUGAUAGACCUUUUAUAAAUAAAUCAUUUUAUCAAACGUUUGCUCAUUUACCAAAUGUUGCUAUACGAGAUUUUACAAUUCGUUGGGUUGAAGAUUUUCCUUUAUUAGUUCCUUUAAACAAUUAA